CAGUACCAGACAGCAUCUCGAUCAAAGCAAUUCGAAAUACAUUUUUAUUUCGGUUUUUAGUUUAUUUUUCUCGAUUCAAAAUGGUCAAAUACUUGGCUCUCUGCGUAUUCGCACUGACUCUUGUCAGUUUCGGCUACGGAAAUGUCGUUCCAUCCAGAGAUAACCAGCUUGCUGUUCCCAGCUGUGGGGGAUACAUGUUUGUUGACGACGAGGUCGUGAUCGACGGUCCGUUUAACGAAAAUUGUAUUUUGCAAUUCGAAACACAAGAGGACCGCAUUCUGGCAUUCUCCGUCCUUGAUGGGGACAUGAAAGAUGCCCUACAAUUUUUGAACAUUCAUAACGGUUUCGGCAUUGACUUCCCUAUUCUCAAAGUUGAAAAUCAGAUCACUCACGAAGUCUCACAAAAAAACGCUCCGAUCGUCUUGUACACCACAAGUUCCGAAGCGAUUGUCACAUUCACAAAAAGGGCGGCAAAUUCAAAUAUGAAGUUGAAGAUUCAAAAAGCUGUAGAUUGCCCGCUCGGUAUCGGAGACAACACCCAAUGUGGUCGAGUAGUUGACGAUGUUUCGUGCUACUGUGCUAUUUUCACUCUUCGUACUUUCUAUGAUCAGACCAUGGUUUGUCUUGAUAACAAGAUGAAGUUGGCUAUCUUCGAAAAUCGAACCGAAGAAGAGAGCGUUCAAUCUGCUUGGCCGGGUACUGUUGGCCCUGCGUAUUGGAUAUCAUUGACCGAUUCUCGGCGCGAGAGCACUUGGGUUUGGGAGAGCACGAUGACUGUGCUGAAGGCUGGAGAUUACACUAAUUGGUUUCCUGGAAGACCCAGUUAUGUAGCCAACAAUCUCGAUGACUGUGUGUUGUACGGUGGCAGUUAUUUACAAUUUUGGGGAGAUUAUCCUUGCACUGGUACUUGUCGUGCUAUCUGUGAAGCACAGCCUUAAUAAUUUGAAAAGCCCAUUACUGAUGUAAUACAUUUAUUGGUGGUUAUAGAAAACUUACUGAAACAAAAAAUAUGAAUAUACUGCAUUAGCGAAAUAAAUAACUCAAAAUGACUGCAGCUGCAAGACAUUGUCAAAAAUUGCAGUCGACAUCCUUUUCUAAAGCUUCUCGUUUGAUUCGAUUCUUUUAAAUUCAAUUAUAUAAAUAAAUAACUGCUAGAAUAAAAAGAAGUGAGAACAUUUUUCACCUCUGCAUAUGAUAUGUAUCUUGACGAGUGUCGAGUAGUUACUGUCAAUACAAAUUAAAGUUUUCUGCA